AGCGUAGCGCCAAAUAGCCUGUAGUCCAGUCGAGGUACUGGUGUGUGAAGUCUAAACUGAUGUCUGCCUUAUUCUGCCGUCUGCUGAACUCGUGCAACAUGUAACAGUUUUCUGUUUCUGCUUCAUGAUACAAUCAUAUCCUCAAUGUCAAUAAUAAUUUUGAGAGAACAGUUUAGAAAAUAAGACAACUUUCAUUGCACUUUUAUUUUUUUUGGCAAUCAAUCUGCGCAUCUUUCCCUGAUCGUUUCAGACAGUCCUGUUCGUGGGUCGUGGCAGGUAUCCGCAUGCGUCGUCCUCAAACAAUUGAUGCCGUGAGCUGUUCUCGGAUUUUUAAAUAGGCUUACCUUUUAUAUUUUAUCUGGACAUGUUAUUUCUCUCAGAGGCCCGCGGCAUUUGAAGGUUGGGCUCCUGUUGAGGGUGGUCAGAGAUAGAGUCACACCACUACGUGUAGUACUGAGAAGAGUGGCCAAGUUCCAAUACACGGACUGGUGUAUCUAGGUAGGGUGGUCCAGCCCAGGCUCCAGGCUAUGUCUCCCUGGCUGUGGGAGAGCUAUUCCAUGCUGAGUUGAAAGGGACCUGCUUGGCUGGGGAAUACGGGAACAGACAUGGGGCUGGGACAGUCCAACAAGGCUCCUGUCACCGAUGACACAGAGGAGAUUAACUUCGAUCACUUCCAAAUCUUAAGGGCUAUCGGGAAAGGAAGUUUCGGGAAGGUGUGCAUUGUGCAGAAAAAGGACACAAAGAAAAUGUAUGCCAUGAAGUACAUGAACAAACUGAAGUGUGUGGAACGGAAUGAGGUCCGCAAUGUCUUCAAGGAGAUGCAGAUCAUGCGGAACCUCGAGCAUCCCUUCCUUGUCAACUUCUGGUACUCAUUCCAAGACGAGGAGGACAUGUUCAUGGUAGUGGACCUGUUGCUGGGAGGAGACCUACGCUAUCACCUCCAGCAGAAUGUUCACUUCUCAGAGAACACUGUCAAGCUGUACAUCUGUGAGAUCGCCCUGGCACUGGGCUACCUCCGCAGCAAGCGCAUCAUCCACAGAGACAUCAAACCUGACAACAUUCUGCUGGACGAACACGGUAAGACGGCUACAGUUUACAUAACGUUGUGUUUGACUUUGAAACAUCGGAACCUUUUGUGGGUUUCACCUGAUAGGUCAAAGAAGGCUGUAGUGGGAACAGAAGCAACAGGCCUCACCACGGCAGAGAAGAACAAGGCUAUUGAAGACGGACAGAACAACAACGUGGACCCAGCAGCCUACAUAUCAGGAUAGUGGACUACGGCU